UUUUGGGAAUUUGCAUAACAUGACAAGGAUAAAGCAUCACAUAUUUUGUAGACAUUAAUGAAAACAGUUCGGUUUUACUGACUUGACAUGGAAGAAAAUCUAGAAGAAUAUCCUGAUAUUGAAGUGGACCCACGGUAUGUCACUGUGUCUAGUGUGGCAUCUUACGUCAGUACAGACUCGGCAGAUGACCUUGACUGGUUACAAACCUCCAAACUUACAGGGGGAAUAAUCAAGUUCCUUUAUGAUGGAUCCACAGAGGAAAAGAGUCACACUGGGUACUAUGUACGUGUAGGAGAGGACGCUUCCUUGGACAAUGUGGCUAAAUACAUCACCGAAGUGUGGAAGAAGAGGAGUCCAGACAUCAUUCUCUCUGUUAUCUCCAGCUUCAGUCAUUUCAGGAAGUGGAAAAAUCAGCAGGAAGUGGAAGAUUUCCAGAAUGGUUUGAUUCAGGCUAUGAACUCUACCAAUAUGUGGGUGUUGACAAAUGGUGUAGAUGGAGGAAUUGCUAAAAUUGUUGGAGAUGCUGUUCGUUUUGAAAGAGAGAGGAGGUCUAUUCUGAUGUCACGAGCUCGGGACCCUUAUGUAAAGCUUCACAAGAAAGAGGAUGUAGAGGAACUGCCUAAACUGACAGUGAUGGGGAUCGUCCCCAAACUACAGCUUCAGUGUGUGGCCGGAACAGAGGGAAUGCAUGAUUCCAUUAUUUCACUUAAAAAAACGGGAACCAAAGAAGCCAUGGAGUUGAAUGGAGAACACUCUCAUUUUAUCAUAAUGGACCAGAACACUGAUCUGAAGGAGCUGGAGAACUUUAGACUCAGAAUUGAGGAGAGACUACUGACCCCUAUAGGGAGGGGAAAGAGAUACAGAAAAGUCAAAAUGUAUGAUCCCUCCCUUGAUGCAGGAUCUAUCCCAGAAAAGAUAACUCUGAUUGCUAGUACCUGUACCCCCAUGGUGGGCCUCCUGAUACAAGGUGGACCACUAGAUAUUGAUCAUGUAGUUGAUCUUCUCCGUAGAAAAGUUCCCGUUCUGGUUCUACAGGGUACUGGACUUGGAGCUGAUCUUAUAGCAUUUGUGUACUUUGAAAAAAUUCACCACCAAGGUGAUGAAUACGAGUCUUUUGUAAAAACUGAGUUAAUCAAGAGAAUGAUGAACUGUUAUCCAAAGGAUUUUGUGGACAAUGAGUUGGCCCGGAAUCAGUGCAGGGACAAAAUAUUGGAGUGUGUCAAUCUGGCCCACCAGGAGAAUGGGAGGUUUUUGACUAUUUUGGAUAUAAAUGCUGAUCCCACAGGACUUAAGAACUUGGACAAGUACAUCUUACUCACUUUGUUUGAAUCUCAAGGGUCAAAGACAGGAAAUCAGUUUCAAGAACAAUUCCAGUCUGACCUUAUGCUGACCUUACACUGGAAUAGACCUGAUUUAGCAGAGUCGCAGAUUUUUGAGAAGUAUGAUUGGACAGUCAUCAAGAUUACACCAGAGCUGUUUGAUAAGGCUUUGUUGAAGAGAGGGAGAGAGAAGUUUGUGGAGAUAUUCCUGGAGCGUGAAACAAUUGUCCUGCAUGAAUAUGUUAAUUAUAAAAAGCUUCUGGACUUGUUCAACAAUCUGGACAAACCUGAUUUUUUCUGUCAAGUCUGUCUCGAGGGAGUUCUGGCAAAAUCUCCAGGGAUGAGUUAUCCAGUGGACAAGGACUUUGUCAUAGGAAAGAAAUGCGAUCUUAAUCACCUGCUGUAUAAACUGACCAGUCUGGAGGGCCUUGUGUCCUCUUAUGACCUCUCAAUGAACUCUACUGGACAGUUUGUGUGUGAUAAACUUACUGCAGAGAGAAAGGCCUUAAAUGCCCUGAUCUAUUGGUCAGUGUUGACCUUUAACCCGUCACUGACCAGAGUUCUAUGGAAGCGGUCUGACCAGCCAAUGGUGAUGGCUCUUGUGAUCAGUAUGAUCUGGCAUACUUUAGCUAUAAAAUGGUGUAGCAGAGAUCUAGACAUCAAACGACAACUCAAGGAUUCCGCUAUAGAGUUUGGAAAACAGGCUGUAAGAUUACUGGACCUGAGCUACAAGGAUUCAUGUCUAACAGCCAUUGCCUCAUUAGAUGAGAAACUGCCAGAGCUUAACAAUAAGACCACAAUAAAGCUUGCCCACAUCGCUCGGAAUAAAUACUUCAUUGCUCACAAAAGUUGUCAGAAAUGGCUGCUUCAGCGUUGGCAUGGUAACCUCCUAAUCAGAGAAGUGGAUUAUGGAGUGUUCAGACUACCAAACUGGUUCAAGAUAUAUAUGAGUGUCUUCUUUAUCUUCCCCAUGUUGUUUUGGAUUACCUAUGAGAUUAAAAAAGACCCAGAUUCUGAAGUGUCAACACCAGAAGAGGAAGAGGAACUGGAUAUAGAUCAAAUAGAUAACCAGGACAUGAUACCUCUAAAAAUCAAAUGGAAAAGAAGUACAAAAGGAGAGAUGAAAUACCAAAUGAGGAAAUUGUUUAGCUACGGUCGACAGAACUUAAGGGUGCCCCUUUAUCUACAGUUUUACUAUCUAUGGAGUGCCCCAAUCACCAAGUUUUAUCUCAGUCAGCUGCUGUACAUUUUGUACUUGGCCUUGUUCAGUUAUGCAGUCAUUAUACCAUCUUGUGGAGAUUUCUACAUUGACCUUGUUGUGUAUUUUUGGACUGCCAUGAUUUGGGUUGAAAUCAUCAGAAAAACCAUCAUCAAGAGAAAGGAAUACAAAGAGAUGAAGAUAUUCUGGACAGUGAUAGAGAUAUGUCUGAUUGGUUCCUUUCUGAUCGUGAUCGGACUGGUCAGAAUCAUACCUAAGUUUAUCCCAUUCAUCAAGUACACCACGGCCAAAUUUGUCAUGAGCUUGGGCCUCCUAUACUUCUACUACAGGUUACUUAGUGUUUUCCUUCCCAUCAGCCCUGUGCUAGGACCGAUGAUGAUCAACUUUAGAAUAAUGAUGAAGAAAGACUUUGUGACAUGGAUGAGAAUGUUCCUGGUAUUUAUGAUUGCGGGUGGAAUUACCAUUCAGGCAACGCUGUACCCUAACUAUCCCGCCUCAGAGGUGGGCAUUGUCAGUGCCCUCAGCAGGGCCUUCUUUGGAAUGUUCCUGACUAAAAUUGAUGACCUAGACAGUAAUGAUAGGUGUGAAAACUUUUAUGCCAACCAGACAAGAGAAGUUUGCUACAAUGCUGCUGCUUCAUUCUGGAAAAGAAAUACAAGUCAGAUCAGGUUUCAGCCUGAGUUUGCGGAGUGUCCGUACCGUAGCUUUGGUGGUUACGCGAUGGUGAUUCAGUAUCUCGUUAUUACUAAACUUGUCCUCCUAACUCUACUCUAUGCUAUGUUCAGUGUCACCAAUGCCAAAGUUCAGCAGGAAUCAGAGGAAAUCUGGAAGUAUCAGGUGUACAGUAUCAUUGUGGAUUUUGAAACUCGUCUGAGAUUGCCGGCUCCAUUUAAUUUCAUUAGCUACAUCAUCAUGUUGUUUGAGUUCAUCUUUAAGAAACUCCAGCAGUGCAUGAAGAAAUGCUGUAGAUCUUCAUGCCGUAGGAAAAAGGACACAAUGGAUUUUGCCAAUGUGUCUGUUGUAAAAGUCAAGGACUCAACAGAUUACAGCUACUGGAAGAUCUGUUUGAAGAAAUUGAAUGAGGAACAGGAGCAAGAUGAAAGAGAGGCUGCAAGACAAACAAUGCAAAGUCAAAGAAUAGAACAGCUGGUAACACAAUCCAAAUUACAGAGGAAAUUUAAUGACAAAAUGGCAGAACAGAUGUCAAAUUUGGAGAGACAGUUGAUUGCCUGUAGCUUAGCCUUGGAGCAGAUAGCCCACAAAAUAGACACCAUUGAUCCCCAGGCCCGGCCAGAAUUAGAGACUGUCACCUCCCUACACAUUGCUAGUCGUCAGUCUCCAUACCCCAACACCAAGAUACAAAGGUUCCCGGUCUUUGACAAAUACGUCAACUGGGAGGAACCUUAUCCAACAUAUGAUCCAGUCCUGUACACCAAACCUGUGGAUGAAUACAGAGAAUCUAUACAGAGCCUGGUGGAUCCAGAUUUUAUAGAGAUCAGGCAACGUAUAGAGAGCAGCAGCCAGAGUCAGGAAGAGAGAGCUAGUUUACUGUCGGCUACUGGGUACCAGAAACCCCUGUGGAAUAUGUCAGCUACAUUUGUCAUCAAUGAGACUAACAUAGAAAUUAACAGAGUAUCCUGGAUCACUAAGGAUGGCUUGCCAAUACGAUAUGAGCUCGACUCAUCCAACAUGCCAAUAAAUCCCAUGGGUCGUACCGGUAUGAGAGGAAGAGGGAAGUUGAGGAGAUGGGGGCCAAACCACUGUGUUAUGUUGGUCAUUUCCAGAUGGAAGAGAUUUCUGUCUACAGGCCAGAAUCAGCAGAACUUCAUUACUGUGGAUGGCAAGAAAGUCCUGGAGGUUGCUGUCUUUCAAAAGAAGGAAUCAGGGGAGUUCACUCUGCCUAGUGGGAAGGAGUAUGGUGACAUGUCUCUCUACUCAGCUGUUUGUAGGAAGUUUUUAGAGAACAUAUUCCAGGAGUCUGACGCUAAGCUUGACCCUAACAUGACAGAACAACAAAUGAUUCAGUUCUUUGAGCAGUUUGUGGAGCCCCAUCCUGGACCCUUCACUGGAUUUACCUCUGGGAUAAUUUACAAGGGCUACAUGGAUGAUCCAUGUAACACUGACAAUGCCUGGAGAGAGGCUGAGGUCUGGAACAUACACUACCAUGUUCCAGAUAACCUUGACCUAAAGAUUAAGGAUAAAGAGAAAAAAUGGAAAGAAGUGUCAUCUUACCUUAGACUACCAGGAAACCAAAAUUUAAUUGUGCAGGAAGCAGCCCGUAACCAAGGGGCCUAUUAUUAAAACUUGCUGACUUAAACACCUACAUAUUCACCAGUCUAAUUAAAGCCUUAGCCAUCAAGUUCAUGGUUGCAGAUUUUUAGUGAAAUGAUUGUAAAAGUAAUGAAAAUUUUUUUUGCUGUCUUAAUUUAGUCUUUUUCCUUUUAUAUUUUUGUCCUUUAUGUGAGUUAUUUUACAGUUACAUUUAUUUUUAUUUUAAAUGCUGUAUACACACUUUUGGUGUUGGCAGAUUACUUUGUGGUGCAUUUUUACUUUCUUCUUUUUUUUAUUAAAAUUCUUUGCUGUGCCAUUUUACACAUAGGAUUUUUGUGUGUACUUACCACCGUACUUUCAUAUGUAUACAUUAUUUUAUCAUUUACAUGUAAACUUUAAAGUGCCAUUCAUUUUACUGAUAUCUAUAGGUUAUAAACCUAAGUUCUUGUUCUCAGAUGCAAGUAUAGUUUGUUAUGUUCAACACCAGUAUGUCAUUUCAACAGAGAGAGAUAAAACAUCAUUUGAUAUGAUCAGAGAUAUAUUGGUUUAAGGUUGGAAUCAUUCUGGAAUAUAGUCAGAAAGGAUAAAACAGGUUGUAGAAUGUACAGCUAAAAGAAUACUAGUAUAUCAAAACAGCAAAACUUUCUUUGUAAGUUUUCAACUCAGGGUAUAAUGUUACAGCCUGUGAAAUAAAACAGAUAUUGUCACCAUCAUACAACAUAAGGGUAGGCAAGAGAAAAUCCUUUGAAUGGAUAAAGGUUUAUGGUUGUGUCAGCAGUACAUGUAUUGUACUAUUUUUCAGUAGCUCAUAGGGUUAAAAAUGCUGGCAGUUUAUGAGAAUGAAAUUUGCUGUAGAUCUUGGUUGCAGAAUCUGAUUUUUUAAAUUUUUCUUUAAUAUUUUGCUCUUUUUAGCCUAAUGGUACAUGUAGAAUAUUUUGACAAUGCAUGAUCAUUAUAAAUCAGGAUUGUUUUUUUCUUCUGCAUUUUGAGACUGGUUUAAAAAUAUUUGAAUGACUAAUAGGGGUUCUAAUAAAGUAUGUAGAAUGUGCAAGCCAGAAAAAUGUACUUUAUCUGUAAUUCAUCAUUCAUUGCUCAAAUUUUAAGAUUAAGUACAAUAUUUUUUUAUGUAAACUUAACAAUGUAAUCAUAAAUUUAAAAAUUUCCCACUGCAUGGCAGAGUUUGUAUAACAUUAUGUCUCUUUAAAUUCAUUUUAUUUUAACAGUAUUUCAAUUAUUGGGUCACAGUUGAUUUUUGUGAAGAAAAUAUGUAGAAAAUUAGUAGAGACUUAAUGUAGCUUGGAGUCCUAUAUAUUUUUUUGAGAAACCUUUUAAGCUCACCUGAGCUCCAAGCCUGAUGUGAGCCUUUGGUGCUUUUUGUGUUAAUGUCAUUUGUGUCACUUGGGUGACCUUUUGCUAUCUGCUGAAGUCCACAUGGUGGGUUUGACCGGUUGGCAGGGGAUGCUCACUCCUCCAUGGCACUUGAUCCCACCUCUGAUGUUUUUGGAGGUCCAUGUUUGCUCUGCUCCUGAUUUGUAUUGUUUUAAUGGACUUUGGGCUUGAAUACUGUUUGUUAUCUCCAUAUUUCAUUAUUCCCUGUGUAAACUUCUAUAGCUGAACAACCAUGGGGAAACAUCCUUAGUGAAGAUUCAAGAUGUUCAAACCUUGGCCCAUUAUAUUGAAAUAUGUAUAAAAAAAAUCUUGUUUAAACAUAUCUUCUCAAAAAUUACAUGACUUUAAAUUAAAUUGCCAAACAUGAUGCAAUCAUAGAUACAUGUAUAAAUAUUUAAAAAAAUUUCUCAAGGAUUAUGGGCUACCUAUUAUAAACUUUUAAGUGAAAGCAUGAUCAUAUAAUUCACAUUUUGAAUUGUUUUGUCUUUAGUUUAUCAUAUGUGCUUUUCCUGACUUUUAUCAAUGAUGUAAAUAAAUAUUUAAUAUUAGCUUUAAGCUUGCCCGAGUUAAAGUAAGCUUUUCUGUCUCCGUUUUUAUCAUUGUCGUUUCAAACUUUUCAUAAUGUCAUCUUCUGCAGAACCACUGGACCCAUUUUAACCAAACUUUGCACAAAGAAUCCUUGUAAUUGUCUGGUAAGUGUCCAAUUUAGUCCAAAGAUAAUUUUUUUUAAGUAAAUUCAUGGAAUUAAAUGUACAUGCAUGUACCUAAAGCAAACGGUAUAUGUUCAGAGUUAAAGAGAUUGAAUGCUUACAUAAAGUGUUACAAGUGCUUUUGUACAAAUUUUAUUUUUGCAAAAAUGAUUUUCAAUUUAUCUGAUAUCCAGUGCUCAUUUGCAUUUAUGUAGAUGGCAAGAGAUAAGGCAACCUUUGUAUUAGAACUUAAUUUUAAAAAUCCAUCAAAACGGACUGAGUAGUUUACAUUUUGUAUGGAAUUAUGCCAAUACUCUCAUGGUUUGUUGAAGCAAUAUAUUAAUAGAUGGAUGUUGUUAAAUAUACAGUACUGUAUAUGACUGAGAAUAAAUGAGGGACUUGCAUUGAAUAAAUAUAUUUAUGUCACA